UAACAACUUAACUGGCAAUUCCUUUAUUUACAAAAAAGAGAGAUCAGCUGUGAGCUGUCGUUUACAAUUUUAAUUAAUUUUGUUUUAUUUUCGUGUAUUAUUCCACCGCAGUGACGUUGUAUGAGGAUAAUUUUUUUCGAGUGAUUAUUUUUUUUGUGUGUGACCAUUCGGUGAUUCAAUACAUAAUUGCCUGAAAAGAUUCACGUGAUAUCCUUGAGAGGCGAGUCCAUUACUCACUAAUUAAAUAGAUCUAUCUGUUAUAUUCAAGGCUGAGGCAAUAAAGCAGUGUUUCGCGAGUUUAGUGACUAUUAUGACAGUUUUUAAUACAUGAUGGGCGAAGAUUGCGAUGGAUACGGAAGGACGGCGAACAAAAAUAUACUCUUGAAAAUUGUUAUAUUAGGCGAUGGAGGGGUCGGCAAAUCGUGUCUAAUGAGCAGAUUCAUAUCAAACCACUUCGAUGAUCACAACUUUCAUACGAUAGGCGUGGAGUUCAUGAACAAGGUGGUGGAAGUAAACGGCAAGCAAUAUACUUUACAGAUCUGGGACACAGCUGGUCAAGAGAGGUUCAAAUCCUUGAGGACACCAUUUUACAGAGGGACUGACAUAUGCAUACUGGCAUAUGCCAUUGACGACAGAAGUUCGUUCAACAACAUCAAGACAUGGCUGAACGAGUUCCUGCAUUACGCUGGCGUAAAGAACGGAAUCGAGAAGUUCCCAUUCAUUGUUGUCGGAAAUAAGUCAGACGUAUCAUCAAAAGACAGAGAGGUGUCGCACGAGCAGCUGAAGCAGUGGUGCGACGAGAACAAGAUCUCGACGUACUUGGAGACCUCGGCCAAGACGGACAGCAACGUUGUGGAGGCUUUCUCGCAGUCCGUGCAGAGGUGGGCGGACUUGGAGCAGAAAGCAGAGAAGGAGCUGAGGAUGUACCAUCACCCAGACACUGUCACCCUGCACGGCUCCAGCGUCUCUUCUGGUUUCCGAGCGACGUGUUGCUCGAGGUUCAUGUCUGACACAUAAUCACUUGCAUUGACCUAUAAUCUACAUUCAUUCAUCUGUGGUCUGACACAUAAUCACUUGCAAUGACCCAAGAGAUCUGCAUCCAUAGAUCUGCGGUUUGACAAGUGACCCUUAAUCACUUGCAUUGACCUAUGAUCUAUGUUCAUUCAUCUGUGGUCUCACACAUAAUCACAUUGAGCUAUGAUCUACAUCCAUUAAUUUGUGGUCUGACACAUAAUCACUUGCAUUGACCUAUGAUCUACGUUCAUUCAUCUGUGGUCUGACAUAUAAUCACUUGCAAUGACCCCAAGAGAUCUACAUCCAUUUGUCUGCAGUCUGAUAAAUAAUCACUUGUGUAUCAAACCAAUCUGAGGAGCUGUAUUAUUUUACAUUCAAUUGUCUGCGGUCUGACAAUAAUCAUUUACAAGGACCAGAGAAAUCUACACAAAUCCAUUCAUCUGUGGUCUAAUACAUAAUUACUUGUACCUAGUUGUAAUUACUAAACAGUUUUGCACACAUUCGUCCGCAAUCUGACGCAUAAUCACUUUUAUUGAAUACAGAUCUGUAUUCUAUAUCAAUUUAUUGGUCUGACGCAUUAACCUAUGAUCUACAUCCAUUCAUCUACGGUCUGACACAUAAUCACUUGUGUGUGAUAUACAAGUGAUUAUGUGUCAUCAAUAUUAGGAGCUGUAUUCUUCUACAUCCAUUUGUCUGCAGUUUAACAAAUAAUCAUUUACAAUGACCAGAGAGAUCCACACACAUCCAAUCGUCUGUGGUCUGAUACUUAAUAACCAAAGAGUUUAUAAAUCUGACGCAUAACACACACUACGGACUACAGAUCAGUAUUCUCUUACAUCCACUUGUAGUCUGACACAUAAUCACUUGGAAUGACUAAAACGCUGUAUGGUUGUUACAAUUUUAAUUUUGUCCUUACAUUUUUCCUCCGAUAUAGUUGUUAUAGUCUCGUAGAUCGGAACUUUUGACAUUUUUUAAACUACUUAGCUAGUAUGUAAUAUACAAAUCUUGGCAAUAAUAAUUAUCAUUAUCGUACACUUUAAACAUGACCACUGAAAUCGUGACAUACCUGGGUAUAAUAGGCACGUACGACUACUUUAUAUCAUGUUGAUCGUUUUACUGUGUUAAUGAAAAUCAAAUAUCAUAUAUUACCAAUACAAUUUUUUAUAUCUAUUUGAUUUUUUUUUGUGGCGGUUAGGACAUAUACACACUUCUUCUUUUGGGAGUCUAUUUGUCUUUGAAUGUAAGUACUAGUAAGGUCUACAGACAAACUUCUGUGGUCCCUUAGAUGGUACUUGGCUGUACAAUUUCGUCACUAUAAUACUAUAAUAUAAUAUAAUUCUCAUUUCCUAUAGUCUGAUCCAUGCUCUUUAGUACAAAAUGAAGUCGGUUAAAAAGUUCUCCGUCUCCUAUAAAAAUGGUUGAGGUGUUAUUCGAUUUGGAAUUGAAUAUAGAUAAUUUUUGAAAAAAUUAAAGGCCCGCUUGCAAAAAUUAUUGCAAAAGUUAUAAACAAUUAACUAAAAAUAAAAAAAGAGGUUCGGUUUUUGACUUAUAACUCAAAAACUAUUUAAGAUAUUUCCAAUUUGAUAAAAGAUUCUAAAAGAACAGAAAUUUUUUAACAAAAACUGUAACCUUUAGAAGUCUGGACAAAUAUUUAUUUAACUAAAUAUUGCACUGAAAAUGGGGUUCCGCCGGCCGCUGAUUAAUUUUUUUACAAAACUAUCUACAUUCAAUUCCGAAUCGAAUUUUCCUCACCUCUACCAUUUUUAUAGAAGACGGAGAACUUUUUUUGUACUUAAGAGCACAUGUGGAUCAGACUACUAGGCUUGUUGGACAGAUUUAAAUAACAUAGAAAACGCUAGUCUUUUUGUUGAUAAAAGCUUAACAUCCAUGAAUUAAGUCAGUUGGUCCCUUGUUGUUUUUUUGGUUGUAAAAAUUCGCUUGUAUUUAAUUAUUUAAACAUCAUUGUUUUAUAAAAGUAAUAUAAAAACUGUUUCUCGGUCUAAACAUUGUUAUUCUCUGAAUAAGCAUAAUAACAAUAUGUUAUUGAAUAAUAAUAUUAUGUAGAUAAUAGAUAUAUAAUAUCAUGUAGAGCUAUUUAUAAUUAUACAAUAAUUUUGAGAUAUACUUUGAGAUUUUGUUCAGUGUUACAUUUGAAAUACUGUACUUAAAAAUGCAUUUGACUUAAUAAUUAAAAAGUACAGCAAUCUCGGAAUUUAUUAGGCGAUGUAGAAAUCUCGAAAUAUUCUCUUGUGUUAAUAAAUAGAUAUUACCUAAUUAAUAUAUAGAUACACGGUAGAUUAUGCUUGCAGAGUUUGUCUGUACAAUGAUCUUUGAAUGCACAGGGCGUCUUACAUUUUAUUAAAGUCUACUUCAUAGAAACAAAAUUGUAAAAGUGUAAUGGCUCCUUUACACCAUCGAACUAGACAUAUGCAAGUGACACCAAGCGUGUGAAUUACAGAAUUGCCUAUGCAUUGCCCAUGAUUAGCCAUGAUCGAGAGUAAUCGCUGCCGUGUCCGUUUGUCGAACAAACUUCAAAGUAAUUUUGACAGAUGAAUUUAUCAAACAUGGACCAGACAGCGGUCGUUACGUUUCACCUGCGUUCCCGUUGCCGAGAAGAUAAAAUAUAGCCUAUGUUACUAAUAAUAAUGUAGCUUUACUUGGAAAAAAUAUUAAAAUUAAAAUUAAAAUAUUAAAAAAAAAAUAUGAAUCUAUCUAAACCAAUAUUAUAAAGAGAUAAUUUACGUGGUAUUGAAGGGUAAAAAACCAAUAAAACCAAUAAAACCGCUAAACCAAUUUUGUAAAUUCUUUUACCACUAAUAAGCCACGUUAUUUGUAAGUGUCAUAGGCUAUAUUUCAUCCGCGCAUUCUCACGGAAACAGGAACUACGCGGGUGAGACCGCGGGUCAUCGGCUAGUAAAGAUAUAAGAUUCAUGUUCGAUGGUGUAGAGGUGCCAUAAAACUAUAAUCAAAGUCUAAAUGGUUCGUCAGGCCUUUGUUUUCGAACUUGACUGACACAUUGUCGUGUGUGUGUUUAUUAAUAAAGGGAGAGCGUGCGAUGGACAGGUUUUAGUUAUUUUGAAUAAGGUGUAUUUUCUAUGCUCCUGUUACGAGUAUACUUGAUGGCAACAAUGAGGCUUAUUGUGACACGUAGCAGGUUCGGGUCUACGCUGCCUAACAAACAACUGAGCUCAAGUCAUCAAAUACCCUCUUAUAGAUACCAACACUGAUAGCUCCCCUCUAUAAUAACAUAAAUCAUGAAUGUUACUACCAUCUGAAAUUGAGGAACUUGUAACAUUGUAUCAUGAUGUCAUUAAAAGGUUGCAAAGCCUAAAUUGACAAUGAAGGGGCAAAGGAGAUGGUCCAAAAUCGAUGGAGCCCAGGAUCAGUCAUUGUACCUCAGCGGAAAUAAUAGAAAAUAUUUUUUUAAACUAAAAUGGGUUAUAAUGGCAGAUUGAUGACGUUUUCAAUGCAGUAGUUAGUCGUUUUGAUGUUUGCUGUCAAUUGUCGUGUCAUAGUUUCUUUAAGGGCGCCAUUUUGAUAUAAUUCCAAAACUUGGGUUUUAAUUUUCUUUAUUUCUUUUUAUUUAGUUAUAUUUAUUCAUUUAUUUGUAAAUAAGGAAAAAAAAAAAGGACUUAUUACUCCUUAUUUACAAGAAAGGACUAAAAGAGGAUAUAGGAAACUAUAGACCCAUAAGCCUGCUCUCUAAUAUUUACAAGGUAUUUUCAAAAGUCAUUCUAGAAAGAAUAAGCAAAAAUCUUGAUGAUAACCAACCUCGAGAACAAGCUGGCUUUAGACAAAACUACUCGACCUUGGACCACAUUUUUGCUGUAAAACAAAUAGUAGAGAAAUACAAUGAAUACAACAAACACCUAUAUUUGGCAUUCAUUGAUUACUCUAAAGCCUUUGACAGUGUCCUUCACACAGCUAUAUGGAAGAGCCUGGAACAACAGGGGGUACCCUCAAAAUAUAUAAAAAUCCUGAGAAACAUUUACUCAAAUAGCGAAGCUAGGAUUCAGCUAGAAACUCUAGGCAAAAAGUUCAAAAUUUUGAGAGGACUAAGACAAGGAGACCCCUUAUCACCGAAACUAUUUUUAGCUGUUUUAGAGAGUAUCUUCCGCAAGCUGAACUGGGAUAGCUUCGGCAUAAAUAUAAAUGGUGUUAAAUUAAAUCAUCUUAGAUUUGCAGACGAUAUAAUCUUGUUUGAAGAGGAUCCCACACACCUUGAAAAAAUGAUAAAAUCACUUAACAAUGAAAGCACAAAAGUGGGCCUCUCAAUGAACAUGGAUAAAACAAAAUUGCUUACUAACUCGAUUCAAAUACCUAUGCAAAUAAAUAACCACCCAUUGGAAUAUGUGAAGGAAUAUAUUUACCUAGGACAAGUUAUCUCCCAUGAAGAACAAACAACUAAAGAAGUUAACAGAAGAAUAGCAAACGGCUGGAAGAAGUACUGGUCACUAAAAGAAAUCAUGAAAUGUAACGAGCUAAGCAUGACAAUAAAAAGGAAAGCUUUUAACACCUGUAUACUGCCAGUUAUUACAUACGGAUGUGAAACAUGGGCACUCACUAAACUCCACAGAGAAAAGCUAGAACGCUGCCAAAAAGCCAUGGAAAGAAGCAUGUCAGGUAUAAAAAAGCAGGAUAAAAUCAAAAGCAGUUAUAUCAGAGAGAAAACCCAAGUAGUCGAUAUCCUAUCUCGAAUCGACCAGUUAAAGUGGCGAUGGACCGGUCACAUGAUUCGAGAUAAGCAAGGCAAGUGGAGCACAACCGUGGCUGACUGGUACCCUAGAAACGGUAAACGGAGCAGGGGACGUCAGUCAACGAGAUGGGUAGACGAUAUAAAAUUAACUGCAGGUAACCACUGGAGGAGGGUAGCACAAAAUAGAACGGAGUGGAAAAGACUGGAGGAGGCCUAUGCCAGCAGGCACUCCAAAUUACUGGACAUAAUAUAAUUUAAAUGUGUAUUACUCAACUUGUAUAUUCGGAAUAAAGGGCUUAUUAUUAUUAUUAUUAUUCAUUUAUUUAGAUUUUAAUAAAAUCCUUUUAUUUUUUUAAUGUUAAUGAUAUGGUGUACAAGAGUGGACCUGAAUUGGACCAUCUCCUUUUUUGAUUUUCAUUUGGGUUGAUAAAUCAUGUUUUCUGUCUGUGUUUUUCAUAUUACCUCAAAGAAAAUGUAAAAAAUACGUUUCAUAAUUGGCCAUGGCCUAUGAGGGUCUUAAAGUCUGAAACCAAACCGAUUUAUGCUUCUAUAAAUUAACAAAGAUCUGGCCAUCACAUAUAAACCAUACACGAAUCAUCCGUCCGAUUAUGUCUCGAUAUUUACUAGUAGUAAUUGCUGUAAAUAGUUUUUAAUGUAAUCAGUGUUUCUCCCACAAUGAGUGAAUUAUAAUUAGCAAUAAUAAUUAUACAUAUUGUAUUGUUUACUUGUGUAAUCGUUGUUUAUAUUGUUUAUUUAUUGACAUCUUUUUGUAUAUUGUUUAUACAUUCAAUUAUGAUUGAAUGUAUAAACAAUAUACAAAAAGAUUCUUAAUUAAAUCUGCUUGUUUCAACAUGUAUUAUAAUUUUAUUAAUAUCGAUUUUUUAUGCUUUACAAUAUGAAUAUGUAAUGUACCUAUGUUCUACACAGAAUAUUUUCAAUAUAUUUAAACGCGUUAAUCAAUACAUUCCGAAAGUAUGAAAACAUAUCAAUAGUAAAAAAAAAUAUCUAUUAUAUUAAGGUACAUAAAUCAUAAUUGUUGUAAGAAAUAAGUGAAAAAUGCCUAAAAAGUAGUGUGACUUCCAAAUGUAACUUUUUGCUCUAAGUCUAAUGUGAAUCUCAGACCAAAUACAUAAUUCGUCUGAGCGUGACAUGUACCCGUUUUUAUUUUUAUUUUAAAUAAAAAAUUAAGUUUAAAAACUAUAACCCGACUUAAAAAGGGGUAUAAAAAGAAUGAAACAAGAAAAUAUAAAAAUAGAGAAAUGCAUAAUUGUACAAUAAUUGUCAAGGUAGAGAUUUAUCAUAAGGUGGUGAAACCAAUGAUUUUAUACUAUUAGAUAUGUCACUAGCGCCUCGAAAUUGAGGCGAACAAAGUUGGCUAAUUGUCUCAAUUUCAUUUAGUAGCUUAUUAAACAACGAAACAAAUAAAAUACUUACUUAAAUAUUGUCUUUAAUGUCGAGUUGUGUCUUCAGGAAUUGUAAAAACUAUAUAUUUUACUGGUCAAACCCGAUUUCAGGACAAACGUUUUGCCUAGGCCAAACUAGUUCUUCAUAUACGUGAUAGGAUUAACUAGUAGGUAUAGCCUAUUCCAAACUAAUCUGUCCUUAGCCCGAUAGGUUAAACCAGUUUAGGCGAGUCUAACUAAUUUUUCUAGUAAAAAUACGUACUCUCUAAAAUAAACUGGUAUGGCUUAGUCUAAAUAUUAUAGUAUUCUAAAAAGUCAAAAUAAAUAGAUAAACCGAAAUGAAAAAACUGAAAUACUUCAUACUGAUGCCAGUGCAAGAAGGCAAUAAUAAUUUACCAUUUAAAAAUAAAUUAUAAUUUUAAUAAUUGAGAUACGAUUAUUGCUUCUAUUAAAAAAACACUUUCUCGUUUGUAAUACCAGUUAUCCAUAACCUUUAUUGGCGAAUCGCUAUGGUUUUAAAAAAAUGAUUAUUUUUCCAAUUAUGGAGCAUUUCAUUUCAGUAUAUCUAUUUAUUUUGACUUUCUAGAACACUAUAAUGUUUAGACUAGGCCAUACCAGUUUAUCCUAGAGUGUGCGUAUUUAUAUUAGGAAUAAAUAAUAUAGACUAGCCUAAAACGAUUCAUCCUAUCGGGCUUAGAAUAGAUUAGUUUGGACUAGGCUAUACAAACUAGUUAAUCUUAUAGUGUAAAGGAAGAACUAGUUUUGCCUAGGCAAAACUAGUUUGACCUGAAAUCAGGUCUAGCCGGUAACAUAUAUACAUAAAUAUUUAUAAUGUAAGUAAACACAAAAUUAUGCGUGUAUGCGACUCAGUGGAAUAGCUAUAUUCGAAUCACUUUUUGUAGUGAUUUUGUAUGCAUGUAACAUAUCUAAUAGUAUAAAAUCGUUGGGUGAAACCGACCCUAAUAAUAACAUAUCGAAUCUCAUAUAGAUUUAUUUUUGUGAUUCAUUAUCAUGGUGAAGGAUAUAUUUUGGUUGUGAUUUUAUUUUGCCUUCUGGUUGUUGCCAAAAGAAUGGCGUGAUGCUUUUGUACAGUUAGUUACUGCACAGUUGUACAGUAAGUUUCUUACUCAGUUUUAUAGUUUACAUAUUUUUAUAACUCUUAAAAACAAUCUCAUCUGACAUACUUAUUAUGAUGAUAAAAUAAUGUAUCUGUGGAAAUUAAGUGCGAGCAUGUUCACUCUUUUUUAUUCUGUCAUGAGCUACGAAGUAGUUCUAUCAAUUACCGUUAGAUGGCGAUUUAUGUAAACGUCGGGGAAAAUAACACGCGCUACAAAGAUGCCUUUUCGCGAAACGACCUCAGCCCCUACAACAGCGAAUUGUUAAGACCUUACUUCAUAGGAUCAUUUCUAUAGUAAGCGCUUCACGAGACUCACACAAUAUGUGAGACCUUAUCAGCCAUGUUGAUGAGAUGUGGCGCGGUGUCCUGAGCGUGAGACGGACGAUGAUCGCCAUCGGUGGGGCGUCAUCAGUCUUCGAUGAUCGUUCACUCGACCCCUUCGGGGGUUGGGCGUGGGAUGCUGUCGCUAUCUGAGUGGCUUUUUGAACCCCUUGUGGUGGUCACACACACAUAGAUUGUAAAUGAAAAUGCUACUUAAGCAUUUUCGUAAUUAUGACGAAGUCAAUACGGGCGGUUUGUCGCCAGUCGUUACCUAACCGUUGUAACUGAUAGUCAAUAUAAGUGUUUUAUCAG